UAUCGAAGAUCUGUGAAUCCUGAAGCAAGUAUGAAUAUUAGUCAAAUUAUUUCUUACUGGGGAUACCCAGAUGAAGAGUAUGAUAUUGUAACUGAAGAUGGUUAUAUCCUUGGCCUUUAUAGAAUUCCAUAUGGAAAGACAAAAAAUGAUAACAGUUCAGGUCAGAGGCUUGUAGUAUACUUGCAACAUGGUUUGCUUACAUCUGCCAGCAGCUGGAUUUCCAACCUCCCUAACAACAGCCUGGGCUUCAUUCUGGCAGAUGCUGGUUAUGAUGUUUGGAUGGGGAACAGCAGAGGGACUACCUGGUCCAGAAGACAUUUGUACCUAAAGACAAAUUCCAAAGAAUUCUGGGCUUUUAGUUUCGAUGAGAUGGCUAAAUAUGACCUCCCGGCCUCCAUUGAUUUCAUUGUGAAGCAAACUGGACAAAAGGAAAUAUUCUAUGUAGGCCACUCACAGGGUACAACUAUUGGUUUCAUAACAUUUUCGACAAUACCAAAAAUAGCUGAAAGAAUCAAAGUAUUUUUUGCCUUAGCACCAGUUUUUUCCAUUAAAUAUUUAAAAAGCCCUUUAAUUAAAAUGGCAUACAAGUGGAAGUCAAUGAUCAAGAGUCGUAUGGAUAUUUACAUGUCACAUAACCCAGCGGGAACCUCUGUUCAAAAUAUACUCCACUGGAGUCAGCUUUUCAACUCUACUUACUUGAAAGCUUUUGACUGGGGCAGUCCUAUUCUGAACUUGGUUCAUUUUAAUCAGACAACUGCUCCAUUGUACAAUGUGACAAACAUGAAUGUGUCAACUGCAACUUGGAAUGGUGAAAAUGACUUGUUGGCUGAUCCUGAAGAUGUCAAUAUUUUACUUUCUAAAAUAAGAAACCAUAUUUACCAUAAAACUAUUUCUUACUACAGUCAUAUAGACUUUUUGUUCGGAUUAGACGUAUAUCAUCAAGUUUAUCGUGAAAUCAUUGGUAUUAUCCAAGGCAAUCUAUAA